CAGCACGUCGAGGAUAAGGUGGGAUAAAAGGGAGCCAGAGGGCGGGUGUGCGGCCGAGCAGCAACGGUGGAAUUACUCGGCAACCAUGGCGCCUGCAGCCUUGUCCGCCCCCGUCCUUCGCGUCUCUCCACAGUCGGCUGGAAGGGCCGCCGCCGCCGCGCCCGCCGGCGGUCUCCGCUUCGGCCAGACGGCUUGCCUGCACUCCGGCCAUUCUGGCCAAACCGUGCUGCGAUCGAAGGUGCUGCUGCAGAGGCCCGUGGGGCAGAGGAGGCGCUCGGCGCUGAGAAGCAGCGUGGAUGACUCCAAAGCCACGGAUGACAAGGUGGAGUUCGGGUACUCGAGGAAAGACGUGCUGCUGAUCGGCGUCGGCGUCACCCUCCUCGGCUACGGCCUCAAGUCCGGCCUCGAGUUCGUCGGCGUGGACCCCCUGCAAGCCGGCAACGUGGUCCAGCUGUUCAUCGUGCUCGGGAUGACGGUGGGGUGGAUCUCCUCCUACAUGAUCCGGGUGGCCAACAAGGACAUGACCUACGCCACGCAGCUCAGGAACUACGAGAAGCAAGUCAUGGAGAAACGGCUGGAGAGCCUGUCGGAGGCGGAGCUGCAGGUGCUGCUGGAGCAGGUGGAGGAGGAGAAGGAACGCCUGCCGCCGAUGAGGAGGGAUCAGGGAAUCACCAUCAACAGGAAGACGGAGGAUCAGACCACUGCCAACUAAUAGCUCCUAGAAGACCUCGAUCAUGAUACUAGCCCAGUACAUUGUUAGGAUAGCUUGCAUCGAUUGAUUAUGGCUUUUCCUUUGUUAUAAGAAUCUGUAGCACAAUACUAGUAGUGCUCUUAGCAGCAACACUGAGUUAUACUCCGAAGAAUAGUUACCAAGAUUCACAUGGAUAGAAGCCAUACAUAAAUUAUCUACGGAGGAACGUGACAAUAAAAGUCAGGCAUUGUCUA